CCACCAUCUGCUUGCAAGUCCCCCCGCAAGCCAGGCCGCCCUACCCUCGACAUUCAGGCUCGCUACCAAGCUUGAAGUCUUACGACCUCCAUCAUGUCUUACGGGGCCGCGCCUGUGAUCCCUACCGAGCUGCAGCAGUACAACUCCUACGUCGAGGAUCCCAAAUGGCAGCGUAAAUUCUCCAUCAUCUGGGCCGCGGGUGUCGGCAUCGCCGUGCUCGCCGCCGCUCCUCAGGUCUUCCGUGCCCUCAGGCGAGGUCGGCUAUUCCGCGGAUGGCUCUUCGGCGUCUCCGAGGGCCGGAAUUACACUCCUGCAGUGGGUAACGACGUCGUCCCACCAAAGUCAAAGCGCAGGGUCUUUGGCCUGCUCGAGACAUUGGGUUCGGUCUCCCUCUGGAGCUUACCGGGCAUCGAGCUGGAUAUCGGACAGAUGGUCGUGAUCGCAGCAUACCUUGCUGUCCUGAUUGUUUGCAUCACGAUGAACGUCCCUCUAACGGACAACCCCAACAGAGCCGGCUUCCUUGCGCUCGCGCAGUUCCCCGUCGUGUUCCUCUUUGGGACGAAGAACUCCAUCCUCUCGCUCCUCCUUGGCCCUGGCCACGGCUACGAGAAGCUCAACUACAUUCACCGUUGGUCUGGUAGAGGCAUGUUUAUCGGCUCCGCAGUACACGGUGCCAUCUGGAUCAACAACCACCUUGUGUAUGACCUCCCUAUCCUCGGUCAACAGAAGGAGACUUCCGGUGUCGCCGCUUUCGGCGUGCUGUGCGUCAUUGUGCUCACGUCUUUCCGACCCAUACGGCGCCUCUUCUACCAGUCGUUCUUCAUCGUCCACGUGCUUGGCUAUGUUGCUUUCUUCAUCACCAUCUGCUACCACACCACCUACGCUGCUCCGUGGAUCUUCCCGCCAUUGGCAUUCUAUGGAUUCGACAUGCUCCUGCGUCUGUUCCGUUACCGCAUCAAGGAUGCGACACUUGUCCCCGUCGACGGCAACAUGACCCUGAUCCAUGUUCACGACUGCAACGAUGGAUGGGUCGCCGGCCAGCACGUCCGCCUCCGGGUUUUCUUCUCAGGCCGCGUCUUCGAGUCGCACCCUCUCACUAUUAUCAACGCACCUGCAGCGACAUCAUGCCUCUCCGGCAACUCGCUCACGCUUGCCGCGCGCGUCCACGGUGACUGGACCCGCGCGAUCAACGAGUACGCGAGCAAGGAACAGGAGCGCCUCGUCAUGGAGAAGGGCGAGCAGCCCGGCGUACCGGUGCAGGUCAUGCUGGACGGGCCCUACGGCGGGUCCAGCGUCGACCUCGGGGACUACGAAAGCGUGCUGCUCGUCGCCGGCGGCUCGGGUGCAACAUUCACCCUCGGUCUUCUCGACGACAUCGUUGCGCGCUGCGUAAAGCUCGGUCGGCGGAACGGGGAGAAGACGCGCCGCAUCGAGUUUGUGUGGUGCAUCCGGUCAUUCGGCGCCAUCGAGUGGUUCGCGCCGAUGCUCACGGAGAUCGCGAACACGGUCGCGGGCACGUCGCUCGACCUGCACGUCUCCAUCUACGUCACCUGCCUCUGCAACCCCGAGGCGAUCCCCCCGAUCCCGAACUCGGACGUCACGAUCACGCGCCCGUCCGUGACCGCGCUCCUCCGCGACCUCGUCACCCCGCCCGCCCCGCACGCGCACACGGUCGCGAUGCGCGCGGACGCGGACUCCAAGUCGCUCGAGAGCGAGUCGCACGAGGGCGCGGACACCGAGGCAGAGGCGGAGAAGCCGUCCGCGUCGGCGCGGUUGAGCUGGGUGGGGCUCGGGGGUGGGGUCGCGGUGUGCGCGGCGGGCCCGGAGUCGCUCACGCGCGAGGCGCAGAACGCGGUUGCGCGGAUUGGGCUGACGCGCGGUGUCGAGCUGGGAGGUGUCGGAUUGCAUACGGAGCUGUUUGCGAUCUGAAAUCGGAGAGCGUGUUUUGUACGAAGGGACUUUAUGAUCUUGUUUACGUGUAGUGCUGUAUGGAUGUGUGUAUACUAGGGUACGUCGGUCAACGCGCAUGUUUUAAACCGCC